UUGGCGACGUGUCAUCGACCAUUUAACUGUAUGACUGUCUGUUUUACACGGCAAGUGAACCAUUUGACUUUACACGAAGGUGGCCUAGCUUACUUUCUGUAGCUAACGCUAUAGUUAUGUGUUGCUGUUACUAAAUAACACUGCUAACUGGGAGAAAGCAACUUGUUAGCUGCCUAGCAUUAAGGACCCUCCCAUUACUGGGACGGCUAGCGGCUGUUAGCCACACUGUGUCACUGAACCAUCAAUUUGGCAACAGUUAUUGUUUAUCUAGGCUCAGCUGUAGCUCGAUGCCUCUAUUGUUUACAUGGAUAGCGGUCAUCUGAAGAGCUCUGUGGGCAUGUGGAGGCUGUAACAAGACUGGAUCAAAGCACCGACCGACCACUGUGGAAAUAUGGGAAUGGACCUGGGAGCUAGCUAACGUCUGUUGACGUUUAGCCAAGACGUCUACAGCCAACUCUCUACCAAAAAUGAGGAUGAUCGGGGGUCUAAAGGAGGACAGCUGUGCAUGCUGGACUGUUUGACUUCGUGUGGGCGUUGGACAAAGGGCAGGGGAUUGUUUGUCCACAUUAAAGCUUAACCUAAUGCAAGAUUACACGAGGAGAAAAGAAAGUACAGGUUGUUGGGAACUGGAUCGCCCGUCUGGCACUGGGAUGAUGCUUAAGACCCUUCUUAUCACCAGUCUGCUUGGCUGGGCAAAAUGUCAAGAGAGCCAGAGCAUGACACUAGAGGAGAAGACUGUCAUCAGGGAUCAAAUCAUUGAAAUGUUUGAUCACGCUUAUGGCAGUUACAUGAAAUAUGCCUAUCCAGCAGACGAGCUGAUGCCUCUAAGCUGCAGAGGGAGAGUCCGUGGACAGGAGCCCAAUAGAGGCGACAUAGACGAUUCCUUGGGGAAGUUUUCACUCACACUGAUUGACACCCUUGAUACCCUGGUGGUGCUAAACAAGCUUGAUGAGUUUGAAGAUGCAGUGAGGAAGGCUGUAAAGGACGUACGCCUGGACAAUGACGUGGUGGUGUCAGUGUUUGAGACCAACAUCAGAGUUCUGGGAGGACUUUUGGGAGCCCACGUGAUGGCUGACCUGCUCCGUCAGCGUGGGGAAAGGAUGCAGUGGUAUAAAGAUGAGCUCCUGCACAUGGCAAACGAGCUGGGCCAUAGAUUACUGCCUGCCUUCAACACCACAAGUGGCCUUCCUUACCCUAAGGUGAAUCUGCGGUACGGAGUCCUAAAUCCACUUUCACGCACAGGCACUGAAUCAGACACCUGCACAGCCUGCGCUGGAACAAUGAUCCUGGAGUUUGCUGCCCUCAGCAGACUGUCAGGAGACUCUGUUUUUGAGGAGCAUGCCAGGAAGGCUCUGGACGUUCUCUGGGAGAGGAGACAGAGAGGAAGUGACUUGGUGGGGACAGUCAUCAAUAUCCAUAAUGGAGAAUGGGUCCGGAGGGACAGUGGAGUUGGUGCUGGUAUCGACUCAUACUAUGAAUAUCUGAUGAAGGCUUACAUUCUUCUUGGAGACAAUGUUUUUCUGGAGAGGUUCAACAUUCACUACAUUGCCAUAAUGAAGUACAUAAGUCAGCCUCCCCUGCUGCUCAAUGUACACAUGCACAACCCCACUGUGAGCGUGCGCAGCUGGAUGGACUCUCUCCUGGCGUUCUUCCCUGGUUUACAGGUUUUGAGAGGAGAUCUGAAACCAGCUAUUGAGACUCAUGAGAUGCUUUAUCAAGUCACCAAACAGCACAAGUUUCUUCCUGAGGCUUUCACUACAGAGUUCAGAGUUCAUUGGGGCCAACACCUACUGAGACCAGAGUUUGCAGAAAGCACCUACUACCUCUAUAAGGCCACUGGUGACCCCUACUACCUCAGAGUGGGACAGUCCAUCGUGGAGAAGCUCAACGCCUAUGCCAGGGUGCCUUGUGGGUUUGCUGCUGUGCAAGAUGUUCGCACUGGGACACAUGAAGACAGGAUGGACUCAUUCUUUCUGGCGGAGAUGUUUAAAUACCUGUACCUGCUGUUUUCGGAGAAGACCGAGCUGCCCAUUGAUAUUGACGACUACAUCUUUACCACAGAGGCACACCUUCUACCCGUCUCUCUCUCCACCACCCAGCCAUCCUGUCAAGGCAACAGAUCAGAAACUGUUUAUCAAGAAGAGGAUCUGUUCACACACUCCUGCCCCAGCACAGAGACUUUGUUUCCCAACAACCCUUCAUUUGCCAAAACCAUCCGAGACAGCUACAAGUACCUCACCGGGGUGGGACGAGCCUUCCAUCCUUUACCUGUCAGGGAAAUUGAACUACCGCUCCACGACAGCGGUAUGGAGCCAGUGGAGUUCCUGAAAAGCAUGGGCAUCUCUAUCACCCCAUUGAAUGAGAUCAUGGCACGAGACUUUGGGAAUCAGAAGGAGCAUAAAGGAGUGUACAGGGUUAAACUUGUGGCAGAGGUGAGCCAGACACCAGAGGAGGAGGAGGUGGUUCCUCAUGUUGUUCAGCUCAUAUCCCCCCCGUUUCUGGGAAGAACAGUCCUCACCGCAGGACCUGCCAAGUUUGGAAUGGACCUCACCAAGCAAGAGCAUGGGGUGAAGGGCAGCAUAGUGAAAGCUUCCCCCUACACAGCAUGCGGGCAAAUAGAUAAUGCAGUGGAGCUUAAAGGCCACAUCGCUCUGGCUCUGCGUGGUGACUGCAUGUUCGCUGCAAAGGCUCGUUGGCUGCAGGAGGCAGGAGCCAUAGGAGUUAUCUUCAUAGACCACCGUGAGGGAAGUAACAGCGAGGAAACACCACUCUUCCAGAUGGUGGGGGACGGCGACUCCACUGAAGACAUCACCAUGCCUUUGGUCUUCCUGUUCAGCCACGAGGGUGCCGUGCUCACAGCUGCCCUGGGGGAACAUCACAAUGUAGAUGUGCUACUGCUGCCCAAGGAGAGGCAGCUUGGACGAGAUAAGACAGAAAAACCAAUUGGCAUGAACAUCAAACUCCGGCUAGCAGAAGAGGGGGAGCUUGAGGAGGGGGCAGCCACAGGGCACACACUGGAGUUUGUCUUGGAGAAAGAGGAGGUGGUGCUUCUUAAAGAGAAGGAGGAUGCAGAAGAGCACAAAGGCCAGCGACAAUCACAGCAGCAGCAGCAGUUCUGCUCAGAGGCAGCACAGAAUGACAGAACUGAACCAUGUUCAGCAAAAUCGUCUCAAAGCCCAAACUCUAACAAUGGACCAGACUCAAAUCCUUGAACACUUUUGAUCCCAAAGCAGCCAGAGUUUCUUAACACUGAUCCCUCAUGCGUUUCUGAAUGGCAUGUGCCUCAGAGCCCCUCACUGCCCUACGUGGAGCCCUAACUGCAUGUUUACAACUGAUAGAGGAGAGUCAAGCAGUGUGAUGACCACACUCAGAUCCUUGACUUUGAAACCUAAAGAUCGGUCUAUGUUCAUUAGACAGACGGUCAAAGUGGAACUUUUAGUCCAUGCUGCAGGUGUCUGAAAUGGGGGGUUUUAUUAGACAAAACUAGGUAGUUAAAGGCCAGACGCUGUAGGUUAUUAUGUGCUGGUGCUGUCUAAACCUAGCCUGUAGUGUUGCUAUCUUAGGCACAUACAAGGUGUUUGUGGUGAUAAUGAUGUAGAUCAUUGACUAGAAUUUAAAAUUACCUCACCUAAGAGGAAAACAUAGGCAACAAAAAUGUAUGCGGCUACAUUUUUAUGCAACGCAGUUUGUUUUUAAUCUAGAUUGCACCUUUUCACUCAAACAAGUACUGUUAAAUAUUCAAUAAUGGUGAAUGGAAUAUUGUUAUGGCCAGUACUGGGUGUUGGCUACCAUAACUUCUCAGUAAUUUAACGUCAGUAGAUGAAGGACACAAAUUGGGGCCAAUUUGGGAAGUUUAUUUUGUUUUGUACUCGUAAGCAACUUCAGGGAAUUUCAAGAGUGAAUGCAGUUUGCAAGUUUUGACAGAUUUGUUUGAAUGUUUGCAUUUUCUUUCUGCUUGUGUGCGUGCAUGUGUGUAAGGUGUGUAAUUGCCAUUAUACCCAAGGCAGCAUCAUUAUCACAAUACAUCAUUGCUAUUAGAUAAAACUAUUCCUGUCUUUACAAGUUGUCAUCAUCAGUGAAUUAAAAGUAUAGCAUCUGUACAAUAGGCUACCACGAAUCUUUGAUAUUUCAGGCUGUAAGCUAUUUUUUCGACCUAUAAAUAACUGUGCAAGCAUUGUUAAUUUAAAAUUAAUCAUGUCCUCUUUCAGAACAUUUUAAAAAAUUACCAAAGCUGGUUUUCCUGGAGAUAAAGUCUUCACGUAACCAUCUGGUUGGUUACUGAUACAGCAUCAGGCUGGUCUGCAGUCCAACACUGCUGUGCACUUUGUGAAACAUGUGGCAGAUUCAAACAGAAAUGAUCAUCCAGCCUGUCUUAGCAUUUCUUUGUGUGUGCAAAAAGUCAAUAAUCAUCCCAUUUAUACUGAGUGAUGAUUAAAUGUUUAUAACAUCUUAUAACAUAAUAAAAACUCUACAGGGUUAGUUUCAAAACAGACAAAUAGGAUUUUAAUAUUUUGUGACGUCCAGUAGGAUUUCUGAAGUGCAGCAAGUUUUUUUUUUUUUUUUUAUUGUCUAAAAUAGUUGCAGCUAAACUAGAAAGGUUAGUUAUGCUGGAAAUUGUUUCCAAAUGGAUACAGUUGUACCCAGUGAAUUUCUUUGAACACAUUUUGGAUCUAGUUUUGUGCUGUCAGUCUCUAUCUCUGUCACACUCUACACAAAUGAGACUAUGUUGUGGGCAUUAUGAUGUGUAAUAACUUUAUGCAACAAUUCAGAAAACAUGCAUUACUCGUAAAUCAGUUUGUUCAUAUAUUCACUAAUCUCACUAAUUAUAGUUUGCAUGUUUUUUGUUUUUUUGUGAUACAUGAAAAUGUGAGCUGAUUAAUUUUAUUAAGUUUGUACAGUGGACCUUUUCUCAAUGCUGCUGAGUCAAGUCUUAAUCCAACAUGACUUUUUUUUUGGUGUUUAGUAUGUAUGAGAACCUGUGUACCUCAGGACUGUGUACAUUACUGUUCACACAGAGAAAACAACCAUGAAGACAAGAAAUAGGGUGUUCUUUUUUGUAUUAUUUUUCAUGCUAUUUAAUAUUGUGCUCAGCUGUUUUCUAAAGUUUCUGUUUUUCAGCAACUAAAACUCAAAAAGUGCCAAAAGAGAUGCAUGACAUGGCUCCUGUUUUUGUUUCACAUCUUCUCUGUAUUCUGUUUCUGAGCUUUGAUGAGGCUGACUUAUCAGUGAAUUAACUCAUCAAUGAAUUAAAACUCACCAUUUCAAA